UGUGGACAAGAAUUUAGCGAUAAAGCAAAUUUAAACAGACACAUGAGAAUCCACACAGGACAGAAGCAUUUCUGUUGUGAUGUAUGCGGAAAGGUAUUUAACCGAAAAUCUCAUUUAAACACACACAUGACAAUCCACACAGGACAGAAGCCUUUCUGUUGUGAUCUGUGUGGACAAGGAUUUAGCGAUAAAGCAAAUUUAAACAGACACAUGAGAAUCCACACAGGACAGAAGCAUUUCUGUUGUGAUCUAUGUGGAAAAGGAUUUAGCCAAAAAUCUAAUUUAAACAGACACAUGACAAUCCACACAGGACAGAAGCAUUUCUGUUGUGAUCUAUGUGGAAAAGGAUUUAGCCAUAAAUCUAGUUUAAACAAACACAUGAGAAUCCAUACAGGACAGAAGCCUUUCUGUUGUGAUCUAUGUGGAAAAGAAUUUAGCCAAACAUCAAUUUUAAACAGACACAUGAGUAUCCAUACAGGACAGAAGCCUUUCUGUUGUGAUUUAUGUGGACAGAGAUUUAGCCUAAAAUCUAGUUUAAACACACACAUGAGAAUCCACACAGGACAGAAGCAUUUCUGUUGUGAUCUAUGUGGAAAAGGGUUUAGCCAUAAAUCUAAUUUAAACACACACAUGAGAAUCCAUACAGGACAGAAGCCUUUCUGUUGUGAUCUAUGUGGACAAGGAUUUAGCGAUAAAGCAAAUUUAAACAGACACAUGAGAAUCCACACAGGACAGAAGCCUUUCUGUUGUGAUCUAUGUGGACAAGGAUUUAGCGAUAAAGCAAAUUUAAACAGACAUAUGAGAAUCCAUACAGGAAAGAAGCCUUUCUGGUGUGAUUUAUGUGGACAGAGAUUUAGCCGAAAAUCACAUGUGAACAGACACAUGAGAAUCCAUACAGAACAGAAGCCUUUCUGUUGUGAUCUAUGUGGACAAAGCUUUCGCCACAAACCUGCUUUAAACACGCACAUGAGAAUCCAUACAGGACAGAAGCCUUUCUGUUGUGAUCUAUGUGGAAAAGAAUUUAGCCAAACAUCAAUUUUAAACACACACAUGACCAUCCAUACAGGAGAGAAGCCUUUCUGUUGUGAGCUAUGUGGACAAAGAUUUCGCCACAAACCUGCUUUAAAAACACAUGUGAGAACCCAUAAAGGAUGAAAAAUGCUCUGCUAUGAAUAGUAACUCAAACUGCUCAGCUGUAGUUAACUAUGAGAUGAUUUAUGUGGACAAACUUUUGCUACACAUGUUCAUUAAACAAACACACAAGAAUCCAUACUGAAGUUAAAAUGGCUCUUCUAUGAAUAUUAACUCAAAGUGAACCAUCUUCACUUGAGAGUUUCAGCAUUUCUGUACUAGCUUAUUUUCAGAUUUUUCUUACAACACUUUUCCCACUAUUUUUAAUUGCUUCAAACUAAGCUUGUUAAAGCAUUUUUUUUUUGUUCUAUCUAAAAUAAAGAAAAUGUGCGUAUUGCUCCUUUUAAUCAUACAAUUUUCCUGAUGUAACCGGGAUGACUUUACUAUGGAAUCUGACCAAAGACUUCUAUAUAUGGUCUCCAAAUUUCCUCAGUUGUAAGGAGCCAGUAUUGGAAAGUUCAGACCUAAUACCAGCGACUGCAGCGUCUUUUGUGAGUCGGCUGUGUGAUUUCUUGGGGCUAUUUCUGAACGUGAAGUCCUCUUUUGGGUGUCGUUUUUUUAAACAGAACGCCAUUUUCUGGUUAACGGGCCGCGCAGCAAGAGAGCGGGGCUCAACCCCCCCAUGACAACUGUUUCAUCAGCAGUAAAGGUCUUUUUGUAUAAAUACCAGCUAAAAACGUUCAUUUGUGAUGAUUAGAAGCGGCAUGUGGUGGUUUUCUUGCUUGUCUUCGGCUUAUUUUCAUGGAUCAAGUCGAUGUUUCUCUUGCAGUGUGUAUGUGUGUGAAGGUGUGACAGGAUCUGAAUGUAU